AUGAAUGGAUCAAUAUUAAUAUUUUUAAAAUCAAAGAAUAAAAAUGAAAAAGUACUUGACAACUUGCCAAUAGAUGAUGAAAGAGAAGUUGAUGAUGAAACUUUAUAAACACAACUUGAAAGCUUCUUAAAUUAUUAGGAAGAUGAGGGCAAAUUAGAGCUCUCUAAACUACAUUAAGGAGACUACCUCUUUUAGUUUUAUAUGUUAAAGUUAGAAAAGAGGAUUAAUAUUAUUAGAAAAACUUAUGAGGAAGGUCCCUGGAAUGGUGUUGAAAGCAUAAAGCUGAUUGAAAAAUAGGAUAUUGGUAUAAUAGUUAUUUUGAGAAAUCUUAUUAGUAUAUUAGAAACUCUAGUUGAACUUUUUAGUGAGCGUAUAAAUGCUUUAAAAAUUGAAACAGAUAGAUUCAACAAUGUAGUUUAACUCCUACUAUAUUGCGAUAAUCUCGAAAUCAAUUAUCUUGUUCUAAAGUUUAUAGUUUUUGCAGAAAGCAACUAGGUCUUAAAAACAGUAGAUAGCUGCAGAUUGAUGGAAAGCUAUUACUUAUAUUUUAUUAAUAUAUGGCGUCAAAGAUAUCCCUAUGUCGCUGAAAUCUUUAAAAAUGAAAAGUUUUAUAAAGAUACAGGAGCAAAACCAAUUGGCAAUGAUGUUUAAGGUGAUUAAGCCUUUUACGAAAACCCAGGAAAGGAAGUAUUUAAAUUAGAAAUUAACUCAGUAAAGAAGGAAUAUUCUGAUUUCUUUUCUUCUUAUUACCAAACUCAAUAACUUUUUGCAAAAGAUAAUGUAUAAUCACCUCCAAAUAAAAUAACUCCUUUAUUUGUUAAUGUUAUGCUAACACUUCGUUUGGCUAAGAACUUUUCUGCUAUUAAAAAUAGAGCUUUAAUUGCUGGAAUUUAAUGCUACUCUUUUGUUGGCGGAUAACGCUACAUUACCUGUAUAGAUGCUCUCAAAAAAUUCCAUCUGAACAAGGAUUAUCGCUUAUUAUAUGCUAUGAAAAAUUUCCCAUACCCAGACUUUUAAUUAGAUAUGCUGUGGUGCUUAGUAUUUAUUCGUGAUAGCUAGGCUCAAAUACUCAAUUUAGAAGAAGACACAAAUAUUGAAUUUGAAAAUAGAUUUGUAGAUGACUUUAAAGCAAAAUAUCUGAAUGAAGAUUAGACAGAUUUUGUAGAAAAUGUUAAGUUCGAUGAUGUUGCUCGCUACUUUGAAUAAUUUACAGGGAUUUAUAAAAGUAUUAAAGUUGAUCUUUUGAAUAAAUUAGGAACUAAAAACAGUCCUCAUUUAGCCAAGUUAGAGUAAGAAUGUAAUGACUUGCUUGAUACUUUGAUUAAAUAUUAUGCUUUAGCUAUUAAUCGUUUGGUUAGAGAAAUCAAGUAGGCUCAUGAUGAAGAUAGCAUAAACAGAUCAGGAAAUGUUAUGAAUUUGUUUAGAUUAUUUUAUGUUAAUUCUUAUUUCUUUGAAAUAAACUCUGAAAUUAUUGGAAAAGAAGCUGUUCCUAUUAUUGAAGCUGUUAAAGAGCUCUAUUUAAGUGUUAUCAAUUUCCAUGAAGAAGCACAAAACCCUGAAUUACCAUUUAAUGCUUUGCAUUACUUUAGAUUUAUUAAUCACAGAUUGCUAGCUACUAGGGGAAUUUUCAAAAACGAAAUAAAAGAAUUUUUAACCUCAAAAACUUUUUUCGAUAGCUGCUAUAAAGGAUACAAAAGCGAUAAUUAAGUUGGAAAAAUAGGAGCUUAAAUUAUCUUUUACCACUGUGAUAUUCUUUCCAAAGUCUUUUUAUCCAAUAAUGACGACGAAAGGUUCUAAAACACAGCAGAAGUUGUAGCAAGCUAUCUUUAAUAUAAUAAUCUUUAAUUGAAAGCAUUUUCUCCAGCUAAUAUGGUGCUAAAUGCCUUUAUUAAGAAAUAUGGAGACAAUUUAUAAAUGGCUUAGCUUGUUGAAAAAGUUAACUACACUCGUUUUUGCUUUUCUCAUUUGAGACUUGACCAAGCCAAAGAAGAUCCUGACCAAUAAGAAGAUGAGAAAACAGUUGAUGAAAAUGGAGAAGAAACAUCUAAUAAAAAAAAUGCUAACAAUCUUCUUUCCUCUGACAUAAUUGAUGCUUCUUUCAAUAGAUUUACUAAUAAAUUUGUAGCCUAUUUUAAUUAGUUUUUAGAUGAAAAAAUCCCUAUUUUACAAGAAGACAGAGCUUUUGAGACAGCAGUUAUGGAGAAAUUCCCUAAUUUUACAAGAAAUGCCUAUGUAAGAUCGUUUGUAGAAUCCUUAAUUUCUACUAACGCUUUUAGGGCAUCAUAAUUCCAAAGUGCAUUUUUCCAAAACUUUAUCAAUAUCCUCUCAAAGGUGCCAUCGUUUAUAAGCGAAUCAGACUGCUUAAAUCUUAUUAGAAGAUCUUUGGAGUUGGUUCAUUAUUGCAGUGUUGACUUCAAAAUAACCUUGCUUUACUACUUGAAUAUUCCUUAAGACUCUAAGCUUUUAAUAGAAGAGAACAAGGAAAAAAUUCCUAUGCUUCAUGUCUUUAUUUAGUUAUUUGUUGAAUUAAUAGAUAAGAAUGAAAACACACUUACAUUCUUACCUUAUCAAGGAGUAAAUAAGAAUUGGAUUUUAGGAUAAAGAAAUAGUUUAAGCAUUGGUGAUCAUGCAAAUAUUUUAAUAAAUAAUUAUGAUGCAUAAAACAUUGCCAGUCUAACUCUCGUUAAAUAACUGUGCACUCUGUAUGGUCUCUUUAAAACAUAAACUAAGUAAAUCAUAAAAGACAAGGUGAAACUUUCCAAUGAAAGCUUAAAUGCAUUUAUUUUAAAAGCCAGAAAGUGUUUACCUGAUUUGAUUGCCACUCAUAUUCCAUAAAAAGUUAAAUAUUAUGUCAGCAAAAUGGAUUUCAAUUUCGAAUAUAAUUUUAUUAAAACUUCAUAAAACCCUCAAGUAAAAAAAUCUGUUCUCACUUAUUUAUAUAGCGCCUUCUUGUAUAAAGGAAGCGAAAAAUAAGAAUCAAACAAAUACGUGAUUUCUCGUACUUUUAUGGGCGAUGUAGAUGCUUUCCACUCCAUCAAAAAGGGUUUAGAAAAAUAUUUUGUUGGUCUAAAUUAAUAACUCUUAAAGGUUUGUUGGGAACAAAAAGAAAAUAGAUUAAUUAUUGAUGAUCUUUCAAGUUCAAUAAAUUAAAGUAUAUUAGCUAAUGUAUUGACAGGACAAAUUCGUACUGAUAACAUAAGAGAAGCCUUCCAAGAUUUAGCUACCAACCUUGUUGCUGAAUAAGAAAUAAGAAAAAGUAUAAACUAUGGUAGUCUAAAUGCUACUUUUGACUAGAGCGAAUAUUACAAGAAAUUAUCUGAUUUGACUAAUAAUAUCUUGAUUGUUUUUAGAAAAUUCAAAAUAAAUUUGGAAAUUCUCAAAAUAUUGAAAGAUGAUUCUAACAUUACUCGUGAAACAUGGUACAAAUAUUAGUUUUUGAUUCUUUCUAUGGUCUUCAUCAGAUGGUGGUUCUUCGUCUUACAAAACAAAAAGUCUACUGCUUAAAUAACUUUGGAUGAAUUACUUAUGGGAAUAUCUCCAACAUAGUCUUUAAUAUCCCAACCUGAAAUACUUAAAGUUUUAAUUCUUGAUAGUAAAGACAAACUUAAAAACUCUUUAGCAAAAGACCAUUGCAUUUAAUUCUUCAUUAAUGCUGUUAAUAUUAGACACUUCUUCUUAAGUAACACUUACGAUGGCUCAUACGAUUUAGAAUUCAGCAACUACGCAUAAUUGGACGGCGCUCCUCCUGCUGCUAGAUAAUUUAUUGGUUAAUAUCUAGCCAGGUUAUUUGGUGAAAUAUCAAGAACUGGUAUUGCAUUAAUUAGCGAAGAAACAAAGGCUAUAGCUUCUACAAUUUUGUAUCUUUAAUUAAAGGAUGAAAGAGUUCAAGUAGCUGCUUCUUGUACAUAUUUGCAACAAAUUGUAAUUGAUCUGUUUAAAGAAUAUGAUCCAAACUUUUAACCUUAAUUGUAUCCUCCAACUGAUUUGUUUAUAUCAAUGAAAUUAAAUAAAGCAGUUGAUUAGUUACCUGAUGGAAUGAAAGUCUUUAUUGAGUGUUUAAAGAAGGAAAUAGUAAAUACUCCUCAAAUCAAUAGAGCUCCUUUAAUCGGUUCUCUAGUAUUUGUUAUAAUUGAUAUAAUUAACAAAUACGAAGCAUGGAUUAUUAAAUUUGCUACUUAUAACAGAACAAAUAUUGUUUAAUUCUUCAUUAAGAUAUUUGAAAUCUACCUUGACUACCUCAACAUCUCUCCUCAAAACUUAAAGCAUUAAAUAGUUAAUGUAUCCAAUAUGUUCAAAAUGCUUAAUAUCUGGUUUACUCAGCUAAGUGUUUAUUUGAGAGAAUGCAGCAGAGUGUCUGAAACCUAAAUUGAAAAGCAAGUUUUUGUGACUUUAAUUAAAUUGAGCACCUAAACACUUGACAGAAUUAUUGAUUAUCUUGAAGCCAAUUUGUUUAAAGAGUACUCAAAAUAUAGCAAAGUCUUCUCUCCUUAUCCUAUUUUGAGAAAUCUUUUAACUUUCAUAGCUUAUUCUAUUAACAAACUAAAAUAUGUAGAAAUUAAUUUAGACGAACAAUUUGCAUAAUUAAUCAAAGUUCUAUUCAGAUUUUCUUCUAUUUAUUAUGAUGAUUUUAUCUUUGAAAGAGUAAAUGGCUCAAAAAAUACUAAUAACUUGUGGACUCCUUUAAUGAGAUGCUUUGAAUUAGUAUUUACUUUCUAAAAGGAGAAUUUCAUUAAAACAUGCAUUGAAAUUCGUAUUAAGAACUCUCUUUAUCUCAGCCUUGAGAAGAGAUUCAAGCAGUAUUGGAGCUUAAAAGAAAUUGAUAAUAAAAAAAUUAUACAAAAAGACAUGUUAGAAAAUGGUAGAUGCCUCCGUUAAGUUGUUGCUACUCUCUUCGAAGGUCUUCCUGAAGAUUAAAUCGAAUUCUAGGAAGACUAUGAACCAGAAUAAGAGCUGCUCCCUGAAAUUAUAAGAGAUGCUGAUGAACCAAAGGAAGGUGAAGAAGAAGGACAAGAAAAGAAGGAAGGAGAAGAGGAGGAAGAAGCUGGAGGAGAAUAACCUGCAGCUGAAGAAUAGCAAGCUCAAGCUGCUUAAGAACAGGAAAAUGAAGAAGGUGAAAAAGCUUAAGAAAAUGAAGAUAUUGUAGAAAAGUAAGAAGGAGAAGAGGAAGAAGGAGAAUAAUAAUAGCAAGAAGUUGAAGAAAGAGAAUAGUAAUAAGAGGAAUAAGAAUAAGAAGAGGCAGAAGUUGUUAUCAAUAUUGGUUAACCUGAAGGUAGAGAUGAAGCUUCUGGAAGUGAGGAAUAAAAUUCUAAUAAUUAAAACAAUGAGGAAAAUGAAGAUGACUUUGUAGAUGCUGAUGAUAGUGAAGAUGAUGAAUAUAAAUCAAAUUUAGGAAAGUCAGCCAAAGCAGAAGAAUCUCAGAAGAUAUAAAAUAAUCGCAAAAUUCGUUUUAAAUUUUACUAAAACACUGCUAUUUAAUCAUCAAAGGUUGUUAAAUUGAAUGUAAUUUAGAAAUAAAUUAUUGACCUCUUAAUAGACCUCAUCGAAUAAAGAAUUAAUGAUUCAUACAACCAAUCUAAGGAAAAAUAAAACUCUAGUGAAACUUCUCUCUUUAACAUCUAUUAUUUAGAAUAUCCAUUUGCAAUCAAACUCUUAUAAAUGUUUAUGCAAAAAUAUCCUCUCACUAUACCUUAUAUUUUAGAAAAGCGUAUUAAAAUCCCUGAGUUUUCUAUUUUUAAGAAAAAUAAUAUCAUUUCAUUCUUGGAUUUCCUGAUUGUAGGAGGUUCUAUUUCAGAAUUUACAUCCAAUUAAAUUUUAGAAACUCUUUUCAAAAUUAAUUAUUCAUAUGUUGAGGCCAAAAAAGCAGCUGAAGGAGAAGAAGAGGAGGAGUAAGAAGAACCUCCUUAGGAAUAAAACGAAGAAAAUGAAGAAGGAUCACCCUCUUCCAAGCCUCCAAUCAAAAAGAAGCCUAAAGCUAUUCCAAUAAUAGGAAGUGCUGAAUAUUAUUUUAGAAUCGUCAUUGAAAGAAAUAUCACAUGGAUCAAAAAGAUUAUCGAAACAAAGAAUUUUAUAAAUCUUGAAAGUUGCUUUACUAUUUUGUAUGGAUUAGUGAGUAGCUUAAGGAGCUUCUUCGAAGAUUAUAACAUUUAUAUUUCGACUGACUAGUAUAAGAAAAUACUAUCUAUCCUUGUUUAUUUAAUAAAGAGAUGUGCCAAUUAGUAGGAAUUAUUCAAAUUGAUUUCGAUAGAUGUUUUUGGAUUAAUGAAAGAAUGCUUGUAAACUCUUCCUAAGAGGAUCUUCAAAGAUAGAAAUAUUAAUGUUGAAUACGAAACUGUUCUGGAUUAUCUUAGUUAUUAUAUCAAUCGUAACAUGCUAUCAUACUUUGAAAAAGAAAAAGGCUUAGAGCUUGAAAAGUCUUCCCAGUUUAACUAUACAGAUAUAUAUGGAGCUAUUAACUAAAACACAAAAUUAAUAAAUCCUGAAAUUUUAUAAGUUAGAUAUCAAUUAUCUACUAUUGGACCAUUAAAUAAUAACUCCUCAAUUUAUGAUAAACCAGACUUAAAGAAUUAGAAGGAUUCUACCGAUGUCACAAAAGAGCUUCUCGAAGAAGAAAAAGCUUUUGAAGGACUAUUCUGCAAGUAGGGAGUAAUUUAAUCAAUAGAUGAAAUGUAUUAUGCUCACCAUGAAUAAUUUACUCAUGGAUUGUAGGCAUUGUAUGAUUUCUACAAUGCUUAUCCAAAUUUAUUUGCUAAAAAAGAACAUACUUAAACCUUCAUUUAUUGCUUGAGUCAUCUUUAUGUUGUUCUUAGACGUUAAACAGAAUUUGAGAAAUAAGAUUAUGGAUUAUUAGAGACCGUUUAUCAUCAUCGCCCUACUAAAUUAAGUUAAUUCGAAAUUUUAGAUGAGAUUAUUUUCAAGGAAAUAAAUGAAGAAAACAGAAUAAAGUAAAAAGAAAAAGAAGAACAAGACAGACUUAAAAAAGAAUAAGAAUAAAAUAAAGAUAAAUAGGAAGGUAACGAUAAAAAGUCUGUCAGUAAAAGCGCAGAAGUACCACCUCAGGUACAUAGAAAUCCUCCAGCUGUUUAGGCAAACUCUGCUAAUAAUCAAGCUGUUGCAGGACCUUUCUAAAACCUUUUAAAUGUUAAUCCUUUUGCUUAGAAUAUGAAUUUACUUUAAAAUGCAAUUAGAUAAGCUUAGGAAGCUGUUUAGAUUUUUGCCGAUAGGUACUCAACAAGCCAGAGAACAACUACUGGAACUACUAACUCUCAUAGCAUCCAAUCAACCUAAGGUACUACUGACACUCAUGUCUCUGUAUUUGAUUUCACUUCUAUGGGAUAUCCUGCUAAUGCUUUAGAAUUAUAUAAGAUAGAUGAAAAUGCUUUCUUAGCUGCUAACAUUGACCAAAAAACAGAGCUACUGAGAGAAGGCAAGAAAAAAUAUUAACUUUUAUAAAAAUUAUAAUUUGUUGUUGAGAGAGAAAAGGAUAUACUUGAAAAAUUCAUGUAAAAGAUUAAUGCCCAAAUAUAUGAUGCUGAGUAAGACCCAAAUAGUUUGCCAAAAUUCAAUGAAGAUGGCACUAUAUAAAACCAAGAAGAAUUGGAAGAAGAAGCUCAUGGAUCAGCAUCUGCUACUGGUAUUAAAUCUGGAACAUCCAAAAAGAAAAAUAUCCCACACAUUCCUGAUUCUCUAAAAGUUUAUAUUUAACAAAAUAUUAUUGACUUCUUUAACGACUUGAAGCCUAAAGAAUAAAGGGUGUAAGCUUUAUCUUGGGAUCAAGAGCUUGUUGAUUAAAUGCCAUAACCUAUUUAAACCAAGGUUCAAAACAUAAGAGAAGAGCUAAAGAAUAAAUUCAAAUAAUUUGAAGUUAAAAAGGAGGUAGCAAAGGAUAAUAGUAUUGAAAAUGAAAAUGAAGAAAUUCAAGAUUUAGAAGAUGAUAUUAAUACUGAUAAAAUUGAAGACAAUUUAUUGUAUCCAACUAUGGAAAAAAAUGCAUCAGUUGAUAGAGUGCUUAAGCAUCAAAACUUGUUGCUUGAAAUGGUACCUACUUUCGAUGAUGAGUUUUUAUUAAAACUCUUUGAGGCAUUACAUAUUUUUACAGACAAAAAUAAAUUAUACUCUCAUAAGAGUGUUGUCGAGUUACUUGGAAUUAUAUGUUAGAAUCCCUACAAUGCUUAUAGGAUAGUUGACCUUAUUUCCUUCCUUCUCUUCUUAUACCCUAGAAGAUCAAAAAUUACAAAUGAGUCACUAAACUAAAAUAACCUAAUGCAAUUGAUCGAAAUGCCUAUCCUUCUUUUAGAUAAAUAGGUCAGCUACAGAGCAGAAGUUGAUGUUAAAUAUUGGAAAUGUGCCAAUUACAUUAGCGUUCUCCAUGAACUCUUAGUUUACAAUCAGUGUCAUGUAUUGUAUGGUUUAUAAGAUUAUCCUAUUAAUUCACUUGAAGAAUACAAGAUUUAAGUUGGUAGAAGCGAGUCACAUUCUAAAUUGCAAACAAUUGCAGUCUAAUUCCGUCCAUUUGAUCAUCUAAAAGAUGUUAAAUUAGGAAAUUUGAUAAAAGGACAAAAAGAUGGCAUACCUUUGAACCAAUUAGUUUCUUUUGCUCAAAAAUGGAUAGCAUAGGACAAAAAUUUGUAUAAUAAUGUUUUAUCUUAUUCUUACUCUGAAUCUUCAUAUCAAUUGAUAACCGAACCUUUUGAUAAAUUUAAUCAAAUCUUUUACUAGCAAAUUUAAUACAAUGGCUAGAUUAAGGCAAACUAUGACAAUAAAUACCCUGUACUAUAUAGACCUUGGAAAGAAUUAAAUAUGGAGGAGCUGAUGGAGUCUUUCACCUAAGAAAUUCCUAAUGAUUUAGCUAAAAAGAAAAGAAUAUCUGAAUCUAGCAGCUUUACUCUACUUCAAGACAAAUGCAAAGUGUUUACUAUAUACCUUGACUUUGUUAAAUAAUAUAUGAGAAUUUCUAUUAAGAAACUACACCCUGAAUUAAAAAGGCUCUAAGCUGCAUUUAUUCAUAAAAGAACUCAAAUCAAAUAAAACCGUGGAUUUGAUGAUUUAAAUGAUGAGGCUGUGACUCUUAAUGAUAUUUUGGAUUACAAUGAUUUCUUAGUUAAAUUUAAAAACUUCCUUUAAUCAGAUAUGGAAGUCUUCAAAAAGAGCAUCAAAGAUUUAACUGUUUUCUUUAAGAUCGCUUUAAAAGAAGAGCUAAAAUAAAUUCUCGAUGAAUAUAAAUUGCGUUUGUCAGAAGAUGGUCCAGAAGCAGCCAUAGAGUGGUUCAAAGAAGAAAAAAAUAAAAUCACUUUAAGAAUGUUGUAAGAUGUAAGACAAGUUUUGUUAGUAGAAGAUCCUAGUGUUAUGUCUUUCUUCUUUGACCUCUUGUAGUUUAUGAUUCAAUCAGUUAAUUACGCAUGGUCUCUUCAAGAUUUUAUAAUUCCAAGCUAUAGCUACUUUGAUUAUCCUCUUAAGUGUAUCUUAACAUUGUAUGACUUCUUAUAUCCAGAUGAGAAAAAGAAGAAGCUCAAUCCUGCUGAAGAAUUUGGAGGAGAAGAUAUUCCUGAUGACUCAUUGCCUUAACUUUCUAAACUUAUUACAAAAGCACCAGAUGAUAUGAUGGAUAGUAUUGGUUUGGGCCAAUCUAUGACUAGAACCAUGACUGCUUUAAUGUCAGCAAGCUCUUCUAAGAAUUUCUCUGGUGUCGACAUGACUUAGCUAUAUGAUCUAAUUUUAAGAGAAUUAAAUAAGUUAAUACAAUAUUUGAUAAAUAGUUAUGAUGUAAAAUCCAAGAAGAAAUGGGUAGAAAUAUCUAAUAUAAUUGCUGUUGAUGUAAAAUCCUCUCGUCGUCUAGAUGCAGAAAAGAAGAUGGCUAAAGCAGCCACCUUCGCUAAAUUUAUUGCUAAAAAGAAAACUAAAGGAGCUGAACGUAAGAUUUAUAUAAACUGCCAAAGAGAAUAGUGCUGGUAGUCUUCUUUGGGAGAUUUGAUGAACUAUCCUCCUAAUGUUUUUGUGGUUUAGAAGUUUGAUGUAGUUUUUGAAGGAGAAUCUGGUAUAGAUUAAGGAGGUUUGACAAGAGAAUGGAUCGUAUUGGCCCUCAAUGAUAUUUUAGAUCCUUAGAAAGGAUUAUUUAAGCUCUCCUCAAAUGGUGUAACAAUGCAACCAAGUCCCACCUCUUUCCUUGUUCCAAAUCACUUAACACACUUCAGAUUUGCUGGUAGAUUGAUUGCCAAGGGUUUGAUAGAAAAAUUAGACUUUGAAGUUGAUUUCACUAAAUCUUUCUUGAAACAUAUUUUACAUAAAACUCUUUUCAUAAGCGAUCUUGAAGAUAUCGAUCCAGAUGAGGCGAAUAACCUCUUGUGGAUACUUGACCAUGAUGUCACCGAUCUAUGUUUAACCCAUUCAAUAGAUAGAGUUGUGCUUGGAUAAAACUAUACAUUAGAUUUGAUACCUAAUGGAAGAAAUAUUGAAGUUACAGAGUAAAACAAAAAGGAAUAUGUUAAACAAAUAGCUCACUUUAAAAUGACAGAGGAAAUUAAAGAAUAAAUUUAAUCUUUCCUAAAGGGAUUCUAUGAAAUUCUUCCUUAAAGAUCCCUCAAAUAUAUGAAUGAGUAAGAGCUCGGACUUUUACUCUCUGGAGUCAAAAAAAUUGAUGUUGACGACAUGAAAAAACACAUGAGAUAUUAUCGCUAUAAUAAAGAUUCUCAGAUUAUAUAAUGGUUCUUCGAAGUUAUGAAUGAAUACGAUGAAGAUCAGCGUAGUUUAUUCUUGUUCUUUGUAACAGGCUCAUUUAAAGUUCCUUUUGGUGGAUUCAAAAACUUGUAAUUAGAAAUUGCUAAGAUAGAUAAUAAAAAUAAUUUGCCAGUAGCUCACACUUGCACUAAAUCUUUAGAUCUUCCAGAAUACGAUUCCAAAGAAAUACUAAAGGAAAAGCUAACAAUAGCAAUAUAAGAAGGAAAAUAAGGUUUCCAUAUUGCAUGA